AUAAAAAAAAGUGCUUGAGAGCCACAAAUCAUGGGUACUUGUCACCAUAGUCGACUCACAAAGACGCUACCGGUAAAGUGUUGGCAACGCGUUAUUGUUUCUAAAAACUAGCAUUAACGGUAACGCGUUACUUUUUUCGGCCACGGUUCAAGCCUGGGUAGUAAGCUAACUCACCCCAUUUCAAUGCCAAUGCCAGUAGUGCGAAUGCAAGUGCCCUCGGCUUCAAUCUGGCGUUGGUUUUUGCGCUUUUUUCCCUUGACUCCAUUGGCCACACUGUCCGUCAUCCGACCUUCAUCCCCAAUUCUCCAUGAACUAAGUUGCCUGGAACCGCUGGCACCCGCGUCCACCCGCCCCCGGUUGAACGGGUCAACCUGGUCGAAAUCACCGGUGUGACUAGACCCGACCCCAUUCACACCACCCACUGCCGGUAAUCGCGCUCCAGGGCCCCAUUCUUCCGGCCUGAACGUUAAUUGGACGGGACGGGACCCACCUUGAUCGGGGGCUUCGAUAAGCCCACGGAUUGGUCAUUGCCCCCGCCGGCCCGAUCUGGAUCAGGCCUGGUCAGGCCUACGCCUUACCCGUCGAUUGAUUGGGCGGUGAGUGGGCGGGUUUGGGGGACCGGUUGAGCCUAGGAGGGAGGAAAUGACGGGCCCGUCCGGUUCCGGCUCGGUCAAGCCCCGGGGGGCGGGCAAAGCGCCACGCAGGCGAGGGGGCGUGGACGAACUGCGCGAUCCCGAGCUGUACCACGCUCUCAUGGAGGAGUGCUCCAAAGAGGAGGCGAUGAUCCGCCACGGGCAGGUGUACGGGCCCAGUCCGCUCGUGACGCGAUUCUUGGCCCUAAACGAUGUCCGGCCAUUAAAAAAGCGCUCGGCCAAGUUUCCCAAGGCCCAGUUUUAUUGCCGGUUAUGCGAUUAUCAUUGUGAUACGUUGACCAUCUGCAUUUCGCACAUCAAGGACACGCGGCACUCUCGAUUAGCCCAGAUGCAAGAGAUCGAAACCACCUUGUUCCAUAUCCCCAAGCCCAGCAAGCACCAUUUGGACUACUUGGAGGGCCUGCUCCUGAAUUUGGAGCGCGAAUUGGGCUUGUCGGCGGUUGACCUGAAGCAUCGAGCCGCCGUGGCGGACCAGAUUAGCGCCGCCUUGGCCCACAUAAACCCCCAGGUGUCGGCCCGAUUGUAUGGCUCCAGUUUGUCUGGGUUCGGGCUCAAAAACUCCGUCCUCAACCUUGACCUCGUGUUCCCGGACACGAUGAAACCCGCUCAAGCGCUGAUUCUGACCUUCGAAGGCUUGAGUGGACAGCCUGACGUUUUUCAGAAUGUGACCAAGAACUUCACUUGUAAGAUGCCCUCGAUUCAGUUCGUCAUGGAUGGAUUCACUUGCGAGUUAUCUUGCAACAACCACAUGGCUGUCCAAACGUCGAUGCUUAUGCGGGACUACUGGAGCUUGGACCCGCGGGUUCGCACUUUGGCCACGGCUGUGCGCCAUUGGGCGCAGAUAUGCCAGAUUGACCGACAAGCCGAGGGAACGCUUCCCGCUCACGCCUUCUCCAUCCUCUUGGUUUUCUUUCUACAACAAGAAACCAAGCCCGUACUCCCUUGCAUCCAUGACUUUUUGGAAGCCCGUGAUGUUGACGCCUACACAAGCCCCGAGGACGAAUUGCGAGCCUGGAAGACCCGAAACAGCAAGACGGUCGCCGAGCUCUUGAUCGAAUUUUUUGAAUUCUUUGCCCUAGGAUUCAAAAUGUCCGAGAUAGUGGUGUCCAUUCGGUUCAUCGGUGGGAUCUCAAAAGAGGACAAGCAAUGGCGUGGCAAGAAACUGUCCAUUGAGGAUCCUUUUAGUAUCAAACGGAACUUGGCCCGCUCCGUGAAUAGCUUGUCGAUAUUGGAUUUCAUCAGCGAAUGCUUCAACAUCGCUUACCUCUAUUUUGGUACCGUCCAAACCUCGAACGGGCCGGUGAUCCUGAAGAUUCUGGUACCUGAUGCCUCGCCUGAAAGAAAAGCUUCACCCACUGGAGACAACCAAGCGAAUGAAGUUGACGAAGCAUCAUCGAUCUUACCCGGUAUUUUGAACCAACUGCAGAUCGCCGCUAAUGAACCCAAAGCAGGUGGGAACUUGGAGCGAGGUGAUCCAUCUUCUGCGCUCACCGUGGAUGCCUUGGAACGGAAAUUGCUCAAGGGAGCUGCCAUCUCGGGCUCCGGGCCUCAGGACGAAGCAUCGGAUCAUAGCGAUUCCGAGGGCGAGAUGGAUUCUCCGGAUACCCUCGAAAGCUUUCUCUCGGUCUAUGGACGCGAACUCACACCCAAACAGGCCAAAGUGGUCACAGAAUUGGUGCCGAAAAAUAUGAUCAGUUUCCAAUUUGAUUGGAACAUCUUGACCAGGGGACAGGCGCCGGCCUUGGUGUGUAACGUGUGUGGCAACGAAGGUCAUCUCCAGAACAAUUGCCCCGAGGAACAGAUCCCCGACCCCGUGGAGUUGCCGCCACUCCCAAAGCAAUACGUGAUGGAAAUGGACGGCUUAUGCAAACAAGUCAUGCACGUGUACGAACCCAUUCUACCUGAGUUGCGAGCUCGAGAGGUGAUCAUCAACGACUUGAGCAAGUACAUCCAGCAUACGUUUCCCAAUGCCAUCCUUACCGUGUUUGGAUCCUCGUGCAAUGGGUUCGCUUUCACUGGAUCGGAUUUGGACAUUUCUCUAACGUUCAGGGACCACAAGACAGUAGAGGACUUGGAUACGGUGUCCAUCAUGCAGACCUUAUUCGCCAAGGUCUCGGUCAUGAAAGGCUUGCGAAAUGUUAACGCCAUCACCACCGCCAAAGUGCCCAUCAUUAAGUUUGAACAUGCUCGAUCAAGGUUGGCGGGAGAUAUCUCGUUGUACAAUGUCCUAGCGCAAGAGAACACGGCCAUGUUGCGGUGUUAUUCUACUAUCGACAGCAGGGUCAAGAUCCUAGGCUACAUGGUCAAACUGUUCGCCCGCACUUGUGAUAUCGGCGAUGCUUCACGAGGGAGUCUCUCGUCCUAUGCGUACAUCCUCAUGUUAUUGCAUUACCUUCAACAAGUGGAGCCUCCCGUUAUUCCUGUGUUGCAGGAACUUGACGGGGGAGCAACAGCCCAUACCAAUAUGGUUGACGGUUGUAAUGCGUGGUAUUUCAAAGACAUGAUGCGCUUAAAGCAAGUUUGGCCGGGAUUGGGUCAAAAUCAAACAUCGGUGUACUACCUCUGGUUAGGAUUCCUUCAGUAUUACGCGCAUGAUUUCAACGACAAAGAGCUGGUGGUAUGUACACGCCAGAAGGCCCCCUUGACGAAGUUCGAAAAAAUGUGGAACUCGGGUUGCAUUGCCAUUGAGGAUCCAUUUGACCAUUCGCACAACUUGGGAGCUGGUCUCUCCAGAAAGAUGAACUUGUAUAUCAAGAGAGCAUUUGGCAAGGGAAGGCUGCGGUUUGGUCUUAUACCUGGAUCUGCGCCGAAUUUGGAACCCAACCAAUUGCGAGCCCGGCCUCUGGAGUAUUUCUUUAAUCAAGCAUGUCUCACUAAUGGACCGCUGCCCAACGAUCGUGGGUGCCGCAUGUGCGGGGUCAUUGGACAUUUGGUCCGUGAUUGUCCGAAAAAGUUGCUCUAUGAAGAGAGGAGACGCAAGCGGAAAGACAAUCAGCGUCAACAGACCAACCAGGCUCCGCACCACGAGCGAGACUCAAAGACCCAGCGGAAACCGCCCACUGCACACGAACCGGCAGUCCACACCAAGCAGUCUCCCUCUCCUCCAACACAAGCACAACCCUCUGAACCGGUCUCGGCUCAUCCUAAUCAAGGUCCGAACCUUUUGAACUUGCUGGGAAUUACCCCAACUCAAAGCAAUGAUUUGCCCCCUAAACCCUCGCAACCGCGCUCUCCGUCGUCGCCCCCGGGAUUGCCUUUGGUUUCUGGUGUGCUCUCUGUGGAACAACUUGAGAGAGCACUGCACAAUUCCCAGCCGCCUCCUCGUCCCACUUUGCCCCCGGGAUACAACGAAAUUCGGGAUCCCUUCGAGCCCCCGCCUUUCACCGGAAUGCCUGCUCCCGCAGGUUCUCCAUUUCCUGGGCAUCACAUGACUCGCACCAUCCCGCCUUUCGGAUACCCGCAACAAAGAUUUCCAGGCCCUGUUCGUGGCAAGAUGCCCCCUGGAUUUUCCCCAUUCCCGUUUUUGCCCCCGACACCAAUGAUUGCUCCCCCUGGGGCCUAUCCCCAUCCACCCUCACCCAAUGAGUUCGUGUCGUUCCCAAGGAAUAUGUCCGAAGUACACAAUCGACCCGGAUUCAGUCCUACUUUCGGACAGGUUCCGCCUAUGAGACCCUUUCCAGCAUUUCCAACGUAUGGAGGAUUGAGUAACCCGAUGAUGUCCCAAUCCCGUUUUCAACCGCCUGGACACAUGUCUCAAAAUAUGUUCACUCAAAUUCAGAUCCCGGGAUCGCCGAGGUCGACACACGCCAAUCGCGGAUCACCGGAUUUCCUCGGAGGUUUGCGACAAGGGAGCUCCGAAUUGGAUCAUUCACCCCCUACCCAGCGGAACUUGGGACCCAUUAUGCCCCCCGGGUCUCAAGGUGGACUCCCUUAGGUGUGCCACACUACCGCUAGUUCACCAUUGCUCCAUCCUUGGCCUCUGAGGGUGCGCUAGUACGUUUUGAUAAAAUGCACUGAGAUUGCGUUUGAUUGUCCAGAUCCCAACCGUUUAUUGCUGAGUUUGUGGCGAAACUUUCCGCUCCUCAAAAGCACCUGAUCACCAUUUUCGUCCAUGUCUAUGUAUGUCCAUGAAAUCGAAACAAUUUUCAUCAAGUAAAUUUACAUGGAUUAAACCCGGAACUAAGAAAAAUCGCUUUUGAGGCUUUUGCGUUUAAAGUUUUAACUGAGCUCAUUGUUACAAAUUCUGGUCAUGGAAAAAUAUGUCUUCUCUAGCAUGGUUUUAAAAGGAACAUUUCCAAUUUUUUUAGUUUGUUUUUAUGAGCUCUGCCAAACGCUGGAGGGAAUGUGAUCCCCAAUACAAGUAACAUGAAAGGCUA